AAAUCUGUAUUUGAAUCUCUGUAUCUUUUAGAUUUAGAGGAGAUGUGUCCUGGUAUACCGUUGAUCUGGACUUACCACCAAGCAAAAGAUGGACAGAUGUUAUUACAGACAAAAAGAAGGAUAUGGCGAGCAUGAUUCAGGCUAUCAGAGAUCUAGCAGAUGCCUUUGUUCCCAGUGGGAAGCUCAUCCAACUAGUAGACAAGGAAUUGCCCUUGAUGGUGAACACCUUGCCGUAUCCUUUCGAUGAGGAGAUCAGAGGAAUAGCAUCAGUGUCUGGUGUUCCUUUGGGUGAGGUGGUGCUCUUCAACAUAUUUUAUGAGGUGUUCACUGUAUGCACUUCUCUGGUUGCAGAGGAUGCCAAGGGCAAUCUUAUCCAUGCAAGGAACCUGGACUUUGGACUUUUCAUGGGUUGGGAUUUGAAGAACAGGUCAUGGAUCAUCACAGAGAAGCUGAAGCCACUUAUUGUCAACCUCGACUUCAGAAGGAACAAUCAGACUGUCUUUAAAUCCACCAAUUUUGCAGGAUACGUGGGCAUGCUGACUGGUAUUCAUCAGCGCUCUUUCACACUCACUAUGAAUGAACGAUUCAGUCUGGAUGGAGGGUACAUUGGAAUUCUGGAGUGGAUCUUGGGGAAGAGAGAGGGCAUGUGGAUGAGUUUUCUGACUCGUUCUGUGUUGGAGAAUGCAACUAGCUAUGAAAGUGCCAAGGCUCUGUUGUCUGACACUAAGCUGCUCGCUCCAGCUUACUUCAUCCUGGGAGGGAACCAGACGGGUCAAGCCUGCAUCAUCACCAGAUCCAGAACACACAACAUCAAUCCACUGGAGCUUGAUGUGAAGAAUGGCAGGUGGUAUGUUUUGGAGACUAACUAUGACCACUGGAAAGAGCCUCUGUUUUUGGAUGACAGGAGAACUCCUGCUAUGAAAUGCAUGAAUCAGACCACACAGAAUGACAUCUCCUUAAAGACAGUCUAUGAUGUCCUGUCCACCAAGCCAGUCUUAAAUAAACUGACCACAUACACUUCUCUAAUGGAGGUGUCUAAGGGGACGUUGGAGUCUUAUAUCCGUGACUGUCCUAACCCCUGCAUGCCGUGGUGAUGGAUGGCAUCUGGGCAAGCUGCAUCACUGGGACGUUCUUAUGUAUGUUUAAGAAAAACCAUCCAAUUCAAAAUGUAGCAUCAUUAAAAAUCAGCGCUUGCUAAUUUAAGAAGAUUUGCAACAAUCAUCAGGGCAUCAUCUUGGUUAAUCAAGGAAGAGCAGCCUAUUUACUACUUGUGUUGUGUGGGGGUGUGGGAAAUUGCACUGAAAAUGUAUAUUGCAUAUGGCAAAUUGUAUUUUUUUUUUUAACAUACAUUUUAGCAUACAGAAAUGUGUACAGUGGAACGUGUUUCAACUGGAUAAUCAACACUACUGGUGCCUUGUAACUUUAUUAAACCUCCUCAGUGCCAACCAAUGUGUAUAAGAGGAAAAAUGAUCAACUAAAAAUGAGUGUACAAGCAGUAUACACAUGUACACAACUAACAUCAAUAAAUCAUGGAAAUUCA